ACUAAAUCCUACUUAUAAAAAUUUGUUGCUGGAAUGUUGUUAUUGUUAUGUUUUGCACAGUAAAACGUCAAGACCUUGCGUCAAUUUUAAUCAAUUCGUCUCAAGUUUUGUGCUUAACAACAAUUCAAUGACAUGGAGAAAAAUUCUCCCGGCAUAAAUCGAUUGAAGACCCUUUAUCCCUUUGUUGAUGAAGAUGACUACUUUCUGCUGCCACUGCCUCUGUGUUGGAAUUCAAAGGAUAAAUCCAAUUAUAUUGGAUUAUCAGAAAACAAUUUAAGAGUCACCUACCAAGGAUAUGGUAAAACACAAAUGGAUGCUGCAAGUGUUAGAGCUACACAUCCUAUUCCAUCAUCGUGUGGUCUGUACUAUUUUGAGGUGAAAAUUUUGGACAAGGGGAAUGACGGCUAUAUCGGAGUUGGUCUAUCAGCCGAGUGGGUUGACACAAAUGCACUUCCUGGCUGGAGAGAAAAUUCAUUUGGAUAUCAUGGUGAUGAUGGUAAAGCAUUUUGCUCAUCUGGAGUUGGCCAACCAUAUGGACCUACUUUCACUACCAAUGAUGUCAUUGGUUGUGGAAUUAAUUUUAUUGACAACACCUGCUUUUACACGAAGAAUGGAGUAAACCUUGGAACAGCGUUUUUUGACCUACCUUUAAACUUAUACCCAACCAUUGGAUUAAACUCGCUGGGAGAAAUCGUAGAAGCCAACUUUGGAGAAUCUCCAUUUGUGUACAACAUUGAAGAUGACAUGAAGGAGCUUAGGGCGCGUAUUGCCUCAGUGAUUCUCAACUACACUGUUCCCGAUAAACCCAUGGAAGCUUCAGUUCAAAGUAUGAUAGCUACAUAUUUAAUGCAUCAUCCCCAAUGGUGUGAUGUGCCCAGAUCUGCUUCCUCAGCAUCCAGUUCCUCAGGCUUAAACUCGUCAGAUUCCAGCUGUUCAGAUGUCAUUUCAUUAACCCCCAGCUUAUCAGCAUCCAACGCCACACAGUUUUGGUUUAAUCUUAACUCUUUCCAAGUUAGCAAGGACUCUAAAAGGAAAAGGAAAUCAGAUGACGCCUAAGAUUGGCACACUAGGCUUUUGUUUGUUUUUUACUUCACUUGUCAGCACAAUUGGCAUACAAAAACCCAGUCAUUGCGUAAGAUAAUCUUUGAUUAGUAGUAAAUUUUGUUUGCCUUUUCAGCAUGAGCCUUUCUAGUGUAUGCAGUUAAAACGAUGAACGAGGGAAUUCCAUUCUACUUCUAACAUGGACAGACUUCAAGCAUUGGCAAUUGUGAUCAUUAGCAAUGGUUAUGUAUCUUCAUUCUAAAUUUUGUAAUUAUGUAUUUCGAACUUUUCUUCGCGAAGUGUUAAAUGAUAAGGUUAUUCUUCUAAAAAGGCUCGCAAAAUGUUGUCUGAACGAAUCC